AUGUCGCACCUGGGCGAGCACCACGCCGCGCUCGCCGCGCUCAUCGCGGGGAAGCGGCGCGUCGCGCUCGUGUCGCACCCGCUGGUGCGAAGUCGCGGCCUGGAUCUCGCCGCGCGGUGUUACGAGGACUUCCAUCGCGCGCGUCGCAAAUCGUCUUGCGGCGCGCGCUUGCGCUGCGCGACGAUCGUCCUCUCCCCCGCGCUGCUUCGAUGCGACGACGUAACGCACGCGCCGUUCGGCGGCGGCCUCGUCGCGUCGGGGUGCCUUCGCGGUUUAAAGCACAGGAUCAACGACGCGAUCGUUGACCUCGCGUUCGCGCCGCAGCUGAACGCGCACCGAAAGCGUCUCAACCUGCCGCCGGCGAAGCGCGUGUAUCACAAGUUCUUCCUAUCGAGCGAGGUCGUCGCGGCGUUUCCGCCGUGGUUCGCGACGCCGAGCGCGCAGUGGCCGGAGGCGGGGGAAACCGCGUGGCUCGCGUCGGGCGACCGCCCCGUCGCGUUCGCCGUCGGCAGCGGGAACCCCCCGCACGCGCGCGCGUUCUUCCGCGCCGCGCUCGAGUCGCUGAGGAGGACGAGGCGACGCGGGAUCUUCCUCACGCGGCACCCGGACGCGCUGCCGCCGGGCGUGCGAACGUUGGACGGCGGCGGCGGCGGCGGCGGCGGCGGCGGCGGCGGCGGUGAGACUGCUUCCCAUACGACCCCGUUCACGUGGUGCACGCCGUUCCUUAAGGACUUUUCCCGUCGUCACUCUUCACCCGCGCUUCCCUUUCAACGUUUGACCGGCGGCGGCGGCGGCGGCGUCGGCGGGACGGAAGCGGCGAAAGACGACGCGGACGUCUUCUACGCGCUGUACUCCCGCGUGUCGUCGUCGACGAAGAGAUCUGCUACUAAUAUUUCUUCUUCUCCGCCAAUAGACGUCGUCCACGUGUCGUUCGCGGACUUUAACGUCCUGCUCCCGAGGUGCGCCGCGUUGGCGCACAACGGAGGCGUCGGCACGUGCGCCGUCGCCGCGAAGACGGCGACGCCGCAGCUCGUCGUUCCCGCGUCGUUCGAUCAGCCGGAUAACGCUCGACGGUUGAGCGUUUUAGGCGUCGCGGCUAUCGUGCCCAACGGCACGUUCAUUAAACGGUCGCGCGCGAAGCACGUCGCGAGGGCGCUGGAGAAGGUGCUCGACCCCGCGAGCGGAAUCAAACGCCGGUGCGAGGCGUUACGGGAGAAGAUACGAAAGGGCGGCGAGGAAGUGAACGGCGGAGGGAUGGACGCCGCCGCGGGGCACGUCCUCGCGCUGCUGAGUUAA